AAACUACUAUAUAUAAUUUAGAGGUGGAUAGGAACCUAUUUUGAACUAAAGAUGGAUUUUAGUUGCAGCCAGGAGUCUGAUUUUUGACUUGGCAUCGUUUUUCUCUCAUGUUGCUUCGCUAAGAUGACAGUUGGACAGGAGAUAUGAAACUGAAGCGAUUUGAAAGGAACCUGUUGCACGUACGUCAGCCUAAAUAUGCAUUUGUAUAUGAAUGUUCACACCAGUUUCUCUCUUGGAUUAGUCAUGCAUGGUUUCAGUUUCUCAAGAAGCACAUGUUAGUGUGCAGAUUGUCUCAUUUCCUUGUCCUCCCACAGGAAUAUCUCCUCUUGGUCUCAUUUCCCAUCACUGCAUAAUCGCUGUCAUCUCUAGUCUGUUUUUUUUCUACUCUGCCCUUACCAACUCGACCUCAAGCGCCCUUUCUCCUCAUCUCUUCUGUUAAUCUGUCUCAAUUUCCCUAUUUUCUCCCUCUUUUUCCGUCACCCUGCCUUUCCCACUCUUUCUUUCACCCCACUGGUUCGUCAUGUUUCAGAACCCCCAGAGAUUAAUGUGGGGAUUAUGCCAUGGUUGAGUUUUAGUGGUUACGUAAAAAAUCCAUCCCUAAAUCCAGAAUAAUUUGCCGGGAUUAGAUCCAUUUGUGUGUUUUGCGGGGAAAGGGAGGAGGUGGGUGGAGAAACGGGCACGGCGAGCCAAUGCAAGCGUUUUAAUCUAACAGCGGGGAAUAGAGGAGGAUGAAUUAACUUUGGAUGCUGGCUGGGUGGCUCUUUUCUCCUCCUAGGGCAUUGCUGGAUGUCUGCUUUUGCAGCUCAGACAGAGUGAAUAUCGACUCCACCUGAUGAGGAAGUUGCUUCGGUAGCGUCCUCAUCCAUAAGAAGGUGGUAUAUUUUUGUACUGUUCGGAAAGUCUUGGAUCUCAGCUUUCAGCAAAACACCUUUGAAGACUGGAAUCAUAUCUGAAACAAACCAAGACAAGACGUGGAUUUUCUUUCCCGGUUGGAGUUAAGAACUUCUCUUUGGGUCAAUUCCACCUGAAGAUCUUCUACAUUUGCUUCGUGCCAGAACUAGAUCUCCAUCUCUCAUGCCAAACCAUCAACUACGAUGAUGUUCUGCACCACCUUUCUGUCGGCUCCCUCUGAGGAACUUAACUGUGAGGGUAGUGGAGGAGGAGGAGCAGCUGUAGGAGGUGGAGGUUUGGGCCCUGGUGGCUGCCUGUCAUCCUUACACUGCCUGGUUCUCCCUCAGGACGAACUGUACCCGUCUCUCUCCGACCCCACUGCCCGGCUCUCCAUUUGCGCCGAAGAGCGAGCUUGCAGCCUGGUCGGCAAAAUGCUCUUAGACGUCAGCAUGACCACCUGCGGAGCACCAGACAGAGGGUGUAUCUGGGACAGGGUGAGGAGGCGACGCAGCCGGUCGGCCUCACCUUCGCCAAGCAAAACCCCCAAAAGCCCCUGUAGUGAGGGUGUCGGAGGACCUACGUUGCCCAUGGCCACUGUGGACAUCAAAAACCCAGAGAUCAACAGUGUUCAGCGUUACCAUAACAACUCUCAGGUGAACAACAUCGUGCACUCUUCCUUCCAGAAGAGGGAGAAAAAGGGCAAAGGGAAGAAGAAGAGGUUGACGAAGGCAGACAUCGGCACGCCGAGCAACUUCCAGCACAUUGGGCAUGUAGGAUGGGAUCCAAACACAGGCUUCGAUUUGAAUAACUUGGACCCAGAGCUGAAGCACCUGUUUGAUAUGUGCGGCAUCUCUGAGGCUCAGCUGAAGGACAAGGAGACCUCGAAGGUCAUCUACGACUUCAUCGAGAAGAAAGGAGGCGUGGAGGCUGUCAAGAAUGAGCUACGGAGACAAGGUCCUCCCAGGUGGAGCGCUCCUCCACCUCCUCCAUCCAGAGGCGGUCCUCCUCCACCACCACCCCACCACAGCUCGGCCCCUCCUCCCCCGCCUCCCGCCCGGGGCCGAGGCGCCCCGCCGCCUCCUCCCCCCUCCAGAGCUCCCGUCUCUGCGCCCCCGCCUCCCCCUCCAUCACGACCAGGCAUGGGCGCCCCGCCGCCUCCCCCGCCCAGCCGAGGCUCUCUCCCGCCUCCCCCUCCACCGGCCCACGCCUCGACUCCAGUCGCGCCUCCCCCGCCGCCUCCUCCGCCCUCAUCCUCAACUCCAUCCGGCACCGGCGUGCCUCCUCCUCCCCCUCCUCCCCCGCCGCCUCCCGGACCUCCACCCCCUGCUCCUCCGCCGUCCAUGGAGGCCAAUGGAGGGGACAGCGGCCCGCCGUCGUCCGGGAGCAAGUCGGCGCUGCUGAGUCAGAUCAGAGAAGGAACCCAGCUGAAGAAGGUGGAGCAGAAAGAGAGGCCGGUGUCCAGCAGCACCGGCAGAGAUGCACUUCUGGACCAAAUCAGACAAGGAAUCCAACUCAAAUCUAGGGAUGAUAACACCGAUUCAACACCUUCCACCCCGGCCCCGUCGGCAGGCAUCGUCGGGGCCCUGAUGGAGGUGAUGCAGAAAAGGAGCAAAGCUAUUCACUCUUCAGAUGAGGACGAUGACGAUGAAGAUGAUGAGGACUUUGAGGAUGAUGAUGAAUGGGACGACUAGCGAUUUUUCUCAACCCCCUGGAUAAUCAUGACACUAAAAAUUGUUCUUGUCUUUCUAAAAAAAAAAAAAAAAGAAAAAAGAAAUCUUUAAUUUCAAAAUUAUAAAUGUAAAUGUUCUAUCAAUUUGCUGUAUAUUUUUGUUGCCUUUAUGCUUUUUUUUAUUAAUCUGUGCAAUACCUCAUUUAAUCUGUAAAUGUUUCUCAUCUUAGGUUGUUGUUCCUCUAUCUUCGUCUGGACUCUGUUGGCUACAUCUCAGUCUCUUAUAGCAAUAUGUCUAUAUGUCUCAUCUCUCAUUUUAACUUUUUGCUUCUUUUUUUUUUCUCUUUCUCCUCCACCCACGUCCCCAACUCUGUUCAUAACCUCCAUCUGCUACUCAGCCAUCUUCCAUGUCUGCUGCCUCCCAUCACACAUGCUCCCUGCCAUGUUUUCCCAGAUUAACGUGCAAUUUUAAAUCAACGUGUCUCUUGAAUCUUAGAUAUGAAUGGGGUUUUUUUUGGUCAGUGAUUGAAGGGAGGGCUUACAGGACAACAAGACAAGUUGCCAGAAAGUUUUUUUGAUUAAUCGUGUCAUCAUUGUUCGUUAGGAGGGCAAAAAAAAUUAACUAUUUUCAUACCCUAUUGCUCUGUAGUUUAUUUUUACGUAUUCAAAUGAUCCUAGUUUAGCACUCAUAUUUUCUUAAAGAAGAAAAAGGCUCUUUUUUGGAAUAUUUAGCUUCAUUUGCUGUGGACUGUAAAUUUGCUCCAGAGUUUGAGUCUUGUUAUAUUUUUGCACAGAUUGAAAGAGGAGACUCGCUGCAUGAAUGCAGGACGUUUUCAGGUCUGCGUCAUAAUUGGACAUACAUUAUGCUUUAAGUAAUGACAUAGAACACACGUGGACAUUAAGCAUUUUUUAACCGUUAACACAUCACACUACAUACGGUAAUGGAGGUAGCCCACAGUGUUACGGCUGCCUUGUCUCUUGUGAAUGUUUUUGUUUUGUCACACUACAGAUUCAGUUGAAUUUGUGAUUUUUCUUUCUUCCUUUUCUCUCUUUAUUUUUUAACAUUAGCAAGCAGAGUAUUAAUAAAUGCCUGUUUGUUUGAAUCAGGUCAUUCAUCGUGUAAAGCUUGAGGAAUAAAGACGUUUUAGUUUUACACACCUGAUGCUCAUAAUGGGUCCAUAUGCAAAGUUACUGUACAGAAACAGCAGGGUUAAAGUAGUGUUCAUCAUGUUGUAGACAUUAAAUGCUGACACAUUUUACGGAGAAACUUUAGAUUCAUGGCAUUCUUCUAACAAGUAUCAACAUUUUCUUGACUAACUAGUACAUCAUGGCAUAGGAAUCACUUGCAUAAAUAACCCAGACGGUGGCUAAUUAUUCCCUGCAAAGACCAAACAAUUAUGUUGACAUACACGAUUCAGACUUUCUAAAAACCCCUAAAAAAUAUAUAUUAUAUAUAUUUAUUUAAAGGCGGAUUUGUCACAAAGGACAGCACUUUUAAACAUAUCAGUUAUGGAAAUUAUGCAAAAAAUCUGCUUUAUUAGUAGUGAAAGAUAGUUGCAAUGGUAAGAAAGUAGAGCCCAACCAAUGCCAAUAUUGACAAAUCAUAAUAUUGACGUAUUGGCUGUUGAGUGUUUAUAUAUAUGAAUGUUAGCGUGAUAUUGAAAAAUGAUGGGGUCAUUGCAUAUCUCACCAACUAGUAUUCAAUUUAACAAGAAAACAAAGUUUGACUCUGCACCACUAUCUGCUCUGCUACAUGUGCUGCAGAUCUUGAUGACAGUAUUGGAAACAGCACCCAUUUUUCUGUAUUAUGCUUUCAUAUCAACACAUUUCAGGACAAGAUAGACAAUACCUGAUAAUAUCAAUCUAUCAAUCAAUCUGUCAGGCUCUAAAAGAUAUAAACUAUUUGCAGCUGUUAUUUCAGCAGUUAAAUUAUAGCCAAAUGUGGAGACUUUUCAAAAUUCUUACUAACCAAAGCAACACUAUCUUAUCUUUUGCACUAACAGUACCACAAACUGGAGAGAGACGUUUGCAAUGAGGUAAUAUCCAUCCUAAGUAUGCUAAUAUUAGCUCACAUAGUAGCUAGUUAGGCUAACGUUUGGGUCAGGUUAAGCAUCAUAAGACAUGACUCGUUAGGGUGAAGGCAAUCACAUAUCAGUAAGGAAACAGACAACAUAGGUAAGAGGAAACGUUUACUACUUUUUUUCUGAAUGCAAGGUCUCAUUAAAUCUUUGCACUGAUGCAAAAAUGUUUGCUAACUGCUAACCCUCUCACUUUGGCCUAUCAAAGCUUCUCUGCGGCGGCCAUUUAUCUAUGCAGUUAGCUCGCUAUUAGCUAACUAGUAACUAAACCUCUCAUUCAGGUAGGCAUAAAGCUGUUGAAGUUAUGACUUUUGGUCAUUUAGGGUAAUAGUAUGUGUCGUUCUAAACCUAAAAAAAAACAUGUCGCAACACUAACUUUAUUGACAAGCUAAUGAGCUGUGUUGCAGACAUGCUACAUGCUAGCACUGCUAACAUACGUGUAGAAGACCCAAUAAAGAAACUCAUAGUGUGUCCAAUAGAAGUGUCUGUGUCAUCUUAAAAAUUGUGUCUUGAGAGACAAAUUGCCCCUUGUUUGAUGUAAGAACUGACCUCUUUUGUCAAAUGUUACGAUACUUUUUGAGGAAAUUAAAAACCUAGCCAUGUUUUCGCUGAUGUUAGCUUCUGUAGGUAACUUGCUAACAAGAUGUUAUGGACGCCAAGUCUUAUCAAAGAGCCUGGACAAAUAAUGAACUCCUACAUUGUACACUCCAAUAAAAGGUUGAUAUUUA